AUGUGGGCAGAUCGGCAGAUCGGCCCACCUGUGAGGCAGGUGAUGGAAAAGCUCCCAUUGUAUCAUUUACAGGGCAAGAUUAGUCCCUGCGGGAACAUCAUGCAUCUUUUGUUGAAAUUGGAAAGCGGAAAGCAGGAGAACCAACUUAAAGUCUUCCAAGUGGAUUGUAAAGUGAUUAUCCCAAGAGGAACAGAGUCUGGGUCAGAGAUCAAAGGAUUUGGCUUUGACUUCAUGUAUUAUUCAAACCCAGCCAGCUGUGAUUUACCCAACAAAAGCCUCUCAUUGCCCGCACUAAGUGACCUCGUCAGAAACCCCCGGCGCCCAGGAGCGCCCCUUCCAACCCCGAGUUACGAAUCUCCUCCUUUGUGGGCAGCGCCAAGGCUUAUUCUGGCCGGGCCCAGAGGCUGGGCAGGCGCUCCCUUCGGAGCAGCUGUCGCACGCCGGCCUCCCUGCUGCCGUGGCCCGGCCUCGGGGCCAGCUGCUGCCUACCCACCGUUCCCUCCCUCUCCCUUCCCUUCCCUUCCCUUCCCCAGCGCUGCCAGCUCAGCUCCUCCCCCGCCGCUCGCUCGCUCAGCUGAUCCGGCUGGGAGCGCAGGAGAGACCGAAGCGGGGAAGCGCCAGGUGAGCGAGCGAGCAACCCCAGAGAAGGAGCCCCACCGAGCGAUCCUCUCUCUCGCCUGCGCGCCCGCCCAGCCCAGCCCAGCCCUGCCCUGCCCUGGCACCAUGCGGCCGGCGGAGCGAGCCUGCCUCCUGCUUGCCAUCCUGGCCGCCGCCUUGCUCGCCUUGGCACCGGCGCCGACCGCCUCCCUCCCUCCGCUCAACAACGCCAGCAGCAGCAGCGGCGGCGGCGGCGGCGGCAACCCGGGCAAGGGCGACUCCCGCGAUCCCCAGAAAGUCGUUGCUUCGCUGUCUCCUCCGCCGCCGCCCUCCGCCGGGAAUCACAGCGGCGGUGGUGGUGCCCAGCGCAACCCGAUCCUGGCGAUGCUGCGCGAUCUGCCGGCGCUCAAGGCCGCUGUCGUCGGAGCCUGCGCGGCCAGCGCCUGCCUGAUGGCCUGCCUGCUGUUCCGCGUCCUCAGGUCUAAGAGAAGGAAUAAAAAACCCCGCAAAUAUGAUAUUAUCACGACUCCAGCCGAACGGGUGGAAAUGGCUCCCUUAAAUGAAGAGGAUGAUGAAGAUGAAGAUGCUACAGUGUUUGAUAUAAAAUAUAGGUGAGGUUCUUGGACCGGACUUUUCGGGAAUGUUGUCUCAUGUAGAAAAUGAUGCAAGAACUUUGGAACCAAGAGGGAGAUGGAGAGAUGGAGAAUCACGAUGACAUUUUGAUCUACUACUCUUUUAAACAGAAAAGAGUGGAUGUCGGAUUUGACAUUUGGCCCUUGCCCCGUUCCUAAUAAAUACGGCUGUCACGUUCCUGGAUGAAUGACCUGACGAACUGAAGGACCUCUUCUUUAUGAACUUCUUUUUCAUUCUAAAGACAAUCCUUCUGAUUUACCCUAGCUUCAGAUGCCACCCGCAAAUUAGAGGACUGAGGUCAGCCACAAGCAUUCGACAAUUCAGAAGCAGCCAAGACAUUCUUUGCUCAAAAUAUUAAAAGGAGACAGAUGGAUUCUGAUUGCAUUCUGGGAUCGGUUCGGAGUUGGCUAAAAUCUUUGCUCUUCUUGUUUGCAACUUGGAACCCGUAUCGGUUGUGCUGAAAUUGCUUAGCAAGGUUGUGUAUGCAUAUUUGUGUUGGGGGAGGAGAAUGUUGAUGGGUAACCCUUUCAGUAGAUAGCUCUCAUGCCUUGGUAUUCAUGAGGACCAGUGCGCUGCUGUAUUAAUUUACAGUAAGUUUUUACAGGGAGUUUUGUAUUUUUUUUUCCCCCCACCAGAAGGUGAAUUCUGAUAGCAGGAGAAAGCAAAAUUCAGUAAUCAAUUUUAGAAGAAAGGAAUUUUUUUUAAAAUCCCCUGUAUCUCCCACCCUCGCGGGGAGAACUGAUUUUUUUUUACAUAUGCACUAUUUUGCUUUCUAUAGCCUCCCAUCAUUUUUUUCAUCUCAAGGCAAUUAGCAAUCGGAUGACUAAAUCGGAAGGAGACGUUUUGCCUUCAUGCCAGACUAGUCCCCAUCUGUUCUCUCCAAGAGAAACUUUCCCAACCUGUUUUCUCUCAAGAAAUGUUGGUGUGUUUCUUUCUUUCCUUUUUUUUUUAUCUGACUGGCAAUUAGGACAGCUGAACCUCCGCAUAUCGAGUGUCUUCGGCGCCAAUCAUUCCAUCUUGGUUUGAACCUUUCUUAGGGGUGGAUUUUUUCCCCUUUUAAUUAUAUCUAUAUACAAAUUAUAUAUUAAUUUGUAAUAUAUACAAAAUUAAUUUGUAUAUUAAUUAUAUACAAAUAAAUAUAAGGCAAAGUAGAUAGUGGGGUUCCCCCCCCUUUAAACGCUUAUUUAGCACCACUGAUAAAACGGCCCAUUUAACCUCAGAAUUUAGAAUCAUAGGGCUUGAAGAGACCUUGGAAGUCUUCUAGUCUAAUCCUCUGGUCAAGGCACAAGACCUUAUACCAGUGAUGGCUAACCUUUUGGCCGCCGCGUGCCAAAAGUGUGGGGAGCGUGGGGGAGGGUUGCACAUGCAUGUGCCCACACCCAUAAUUCAAUGUGCUCCAUCCCCCGCCCAUGCCCGCACGACCCCACCCCGCGCUCUCCACAGUUUUGGCAUGUGAUGGCACGGUAGGCCUGUUUUUUACCCUCCCCAGGCUCUAGAGGCUUUCUUGGAACCUGGGGGGGGGCAAAACGGCCUUCCCCACCCCCCUGAAGGCUCUCUGGAGGCUGGAAACGGCUUGUUUCCUGACUUCCGAUGGGACCAGAAAACCCGUUUUUCACUCUCUCCAGGGUCCAGAGGCUUUCUAGGACCCUGGGGAGGGUGAAAAUGGUCUCCUCCCCGGAGGCCCUCUUCAGACCCUCUGGAGGCCGGAAACGGCCUGUUUCCUGACUUCCGGUGAGCCUGGAAGGCUCGAAAAUCAGCUGGCUGGUGCACGCAUGCGCACUGGAACUGAGCUAGGGCAACACUUGUGUGCCCACCGAUAUGGCUCCAUGUUCCACCUGUGGCAUGCGUGCCAUAGGUUCGUCAUCACAGCCUUAUACCUUGCUGGUCAAAUGGUUGUCCAGUCUAUUUUUGAAAACCUCCAGCGAUGGAGCAACCACAACUUCAGAAAGAAAGCUUAAUCCGUUGAUUAAUUGUUCUCAACGUCAGAAAAUUUCUCCUUACUUCUAGGGUUGGAUCUCUCUUUAACAAGCUUAUACCCGUUUGCUUCUUGUCCUGCCCUCUGGUGCCUUAGAAAAUACAGUUAAGUCCAUCCCGUCUUCUCUGUGAAAGCCUUUAAAAUUGCAGGAUCCAAGCUGGAUUGGUCACUGGGACCCAGAGUUUUGUCUUAAGAGCAGUGGUGGAAUCCUUCCGGUUUAACAACCGGUUCAGUGAUCGCGUGCUUCGCUGCGCGUGCAUGCACAGUUCAACGAAAAAUCACCUUCCACGUUAGUGCUAGGGAAUUAAAACAGCUGAGGCGCGACAAUCCGUUCUGCCGUGCUAAUCAGCUGCGAAGAUAAAGGUAAGUAAAGCGCAGGGGAGGGUGGGCAGCCCCAGCUGAUGGUUGGAACAAACCGAUUUGCUGCCAGCUGAUUGUCAGCUGUCGCCCGCCCCCCCCCCCCGGGGUAGGAGGCUGAGUAGGCCAUGCCUCCAUGCCCACGCCCAUCCAGCAACUGAGCAGCAAACCGGUGGCUGAAAUUUUUCAAUCCCACCUCUGGGAAAAACCUUUAUCUUUACCUUAUUCCUAAAAGCUGUAAUAAGGAAUAUAGAACAUAGAAUACUAGGGUUGGAAGAAUUGAGUUGCUGCUUCUGUGCAAAGUAGACUCUGGGUUGCACCAAUUCGGCAUCCCAGCUUCCUUCUUCCAUGCCGUAUCUAAAAGCCAUAUUUACAGAGAAUUCCCUCCCAUUGGUAAUUUUACGAUAACAAAAAGGAUCUUUAUUCUCUUGAUUCAGGAAUCAAGCUCUCAGAAAAAAAGGGGAGAAGUUUAAUCUCUUAGAAACCUUAGUUAAGAUCUGUGUGUUCUUCUCAUGCCAAUUUUGAACUAUCCUGAGCUGUCAGCCACAAGAUAUUCAACUCUUGCUUCCCUCCUUUGUUGUCCCAGAGAUAUUGAGCAAAAAUAUAUUUUUUUUUCCC